UCGUGUACGGAAACGCUGCUGUGUUUUAUUCAGAGAUGUCCAACUGUUCUGCUGUUUAUUUUAUUAUUAUCAUAGUAAUGAUUUCAAUAUUAUUAAUGAGAAAAUAACGCGGAAGUUUUUUAGCGCCUCGUCACGUGAUCGUCAGCAUCCUUGGCAACGGUUCUUUUUGUGUUGUUUUGAACUUCGCUCUGUCAUUGGCAUCUGAUCUCGGCGUUCUUCGUGGCAACUUAUUCGCAGACUAUUGAUAUUAUUGAUCGUUGGAUACAUCGAUUGAUCGCCUGCUGCUCCCUUCAUUCAGGUUUGACCCUUGCUAUCACACUGUGUUUUGUGUUCAGUAUGUCUUGUGUUCAUUACAGGUUUCAGAGUCGACUCACCCACGACUCGCUCCAGUUUGAGGGCCUCAACAUCACUGUGGGAGAGCUGAAGCGGCAGAUCAUGAGGCGCGAGAGGCUGAAGUUCUGCCAGCUGAAGAUCAGCAAAGCCCAAACUGAUGAAGAAUACACAGAUGAUGAUGCUCUCAUCCCCAAAAACACGUCGGUCAUCAUCAGACGGGUCCCUGCGGCUGGACUGAAGUCCUCCAACAGAAGAUUUGUUGGACAUCAAGCUGGACCAUCAGCCAAAUCUUCUCAAACAGGUGAUUCUUCACUCCUCUCACUGGAGCAGCUGUUGAAGACUGAGAAUCUGGCUGAGGCACAGGCAUCAGAGGAGGACAAGCUAAAAGCGGUGAUGUACCAGUCCAGUCUGUGCUACUACUCCAGCAGGGCAGCAGCUCUGCUCCGCAUAAGCGCAUCAGGAGGAGCACAGGGAUUCCACGCAGCUUCCUGUUGGAGGUGGACGACCCAAACCGAAAGGGAGUCAUGAUGGACGGCAGCGGCAAAUACGUCAUUCCCAUCAUAGAUGCGUGAGUAAACUGUACUUGGCAUUGCAGCAUGUUUUAGUGUUUGUGAAAAUCUCACUUUAUGUCUGCUUGUGUGUGUUUGCGCUCGAUCUGUUCAGUGAGGCCUAUGCUGCUGAGAAGAAAAAGAGGCCGUCCUUCUCCUGCCAGACCAAGCCGCUGUCCUCCUCUUCCUCAGCUGGUGCAGCAUCUUCAGUCCAGGACGCCAGAGGGAAACGUUCCCGCUCCCCAUCUUCACCAGAGAUGCAUGGCGACCAGAAGAGACCACGUCACUGAGAGACCUUCACCCAAGAGACCUGGAGCCGACGUGAGCACAGUGUAUAUAUUGUACAUAGUUUAUGAAUAAAACUGAAUAAAGAUUAUAGCAGCA